UCUCACUCUCACUCUACGCCUUGUUGUUAGCUUUCAGAUAUCCAAGAGGAGUUUCCUUGAUAGUUGAUACCGCGUUUUCCGUUUUUUCUCAGUUUAUAAUUUGUGUUUCAGGAAACCAAUUAUGCCGUCGCUUCAAACUGCACUACCUCCUGAACUCGCCGACAAUGUUAUCAGACUUUAUCGUGAGUGCCUCCGAAGAGCAAAGUAUAUUGGUCACCAGCAACAUAAUACACCAUUACUUGUUCAAAUGGUCGGGCAACAAUUUAAAAGGCACAAGCAUGAGACUGAUCCAGAGAAGAUUCAAAAGUUGAAGGAUUAUGCUGCAAGAGGACUUAUAAAUCAUAUACUACACGAGUCAGAGAGAUUAUUGUCUGGUCGUAAAUUCAACAAGGACGGCUCUUGAUUUCUCUAGAGAUUCUCCUUUCUGAGAUCCAGCUUUCACUGUUGAGUGCAUUAAUAAUGUAGAAUUUGCAGUGCUUCAUUGGUGUUGUUUUUCUCGACUCUUGCAUUAAAAAUAACCUCAGGGAAUGAACUUUCUGUGAGUUAUACACUAAUGGUGUAUUACAGUUGAAAAUGAC